ACCCUAUAAAUACCAACACACACUCAACAAAUUAAAUACCAUUCAUUCAUCAAAUUAACAAACCACUUAUAUGAAUCCCAUCAUGAAUACCCAAUUUGCUCUUUGCUUUAUUUUGGCCUUCUUCUUCUGUGGAGGAGCUUAUGGAGCCACAAUCACAUUCACGAACAAAUGUCCGUACACAGUUUGGCCAGGAAGCCUAACAAGUGCUCAAAAACCUCAAUUAUCAAAAACAGGUUUUGAGUUAGCAACGGGAAAAUCUGACUCAGUCGAUGUCCCAUCUCCAUGGGAGGGUCGAUUUUGGGGCCGAACUGGCUGCUCAACCAAUUCAGGAAAAUUUAGUUGCGAUACAGCAGAUUGUGGGUCCGGCCAAGUCGCAUGCAAUGGUGCUGGUGCUGUUCCACCAGCAACAUUAGCAGAACUACACGUGGAAGCCAAUGGUGGAAAAGACUUCUAUGAUAUCAGCAAUGUUGACGGAUUCAAUGUUCCCAUGUCCAUUGCUCCACAAGGUGGAACUGGUGAUUGCAAACCCUCCAGUUGUCCCGCGAAUAUCAACGGAGUCUGCCCAACGGAGUUACAAAUGAAAGGACCUGAUGGUAAUGUUGUUGCUUGCAAGAGUGCAUGUCUAGCUUUCAAUCAACCACAAUAUUGUUGCACCGGAGAAUUCAACUCGCCAGAUAAAUGCAAGCCUACACAAUACUCUGAUAUUUUUGAAAACCAAUGCCCUGAUGCUUAUAGUUAUGCUUAUGAUGAUAAAAGUAGUACUUUUACUUGCUCCCAAGGACCUAACUACACCAUCACAUUCUGCCCUUGAACUUCAUAUUCCAUACUAUUUAAUAUGCAUGGUUUCAAAUAAUUAAUAUGUAUGUAAAGAAUAAACAAUCACAUGUGUUUCAAUAAAAAUAUCGGGUAUCAACCCCUCUAUCUCUCUAAUUUA